AUGAAAGGACUAGAAAGAGAGCAGAACAAACUCCUAACUGGAGGAGAGUUACUCAUGGGCUAUGAGACUGAAGAUCACGAGACUCAAUACUGCUUUCCAGCCAUUAACUCAUCGUGUAUCAAGGAGAGGCGCUCUAUAUAUGAAUACAAUGUCAUGUACUUGUUUUUUUCAUUGCUGUCAGCAUGUACUGUGUUUCUAAACCUGUUGGUGAUCAUCUCCAUCUCUCACUUCCAGAUGCUCCACACUCCAACCAACCUGCUCAUUCUCUCUCUGGCUGUGGCCGACCUGCUUGUUGGACUAAUUAUCAUGCCCAUAGAGGCCAUUAAGUUGAUUGAGACAUGUUGGUAUUAUGGAGACACUGUUUGUGGACUAUUUAUGAUAAUCACUGGGUUGCUCCUCUCUGCAUCUCUUAGUAAUUUAGUUUUAAUUGCUGUUGAUCGUUAUGUGGCUGUGUGUCUCCCUUUACUGUACCCACAGAAAAUAACCACAACUAAAACUAUAGUGAGCAUCUGUAUUUGCUGGUCUUGCUGUUCAGCUUACAACAGUGCCUUUGUAAUUAGUAACGGAUAUUAUACCUUACAUAGAAAAGACGUUUGUUAUGGCAAGUGUACUGCUAUGAUUACAUCUGCUUGGAUAUUCACUGAUUUGACAAUUUCCUUCUUGUUUCCUUGUACUGUGAUCAUCACUGUAUAUUUGAGGAUAUUCUAUGUCGCUCAUCGGCAAGUGAAAGUUAUAAACUCUCUGUUUAAAAGUGGAAAAUGUGUAAUGGAAGGUUCUGUGAGGAGGAAAUCCGAGAACAAGGCUGCUCUAACAUUAGGAAUCAUUGUGGCAAUAUAUCUGCUUUGCUGGAUUCCAUAUUAUAUAUUAUCUCUAACAGAAAGUACAGUAAUCUCUACCACUACAAUAUCAAUUCUAUCAUGGGCCUUGUAUAUUAACUCUGGCUUGAAUCCUCUUAUUUAUGCAUUUUUUUAUCACUGGUUUAAAAUGUCAAUUAAAUACAUCUUAACUCUUAAAAUAUUUCAAACAGCAUCAUCCCUUAUGGAUAUCUUUACCUGA